GUCACAGUUGUGCCCUGGAUUGUAACAGAGAGAGAGAGAGAGCAGCCCUCCUGCAGCCUGUUAGCCCACCACCAUGGAUGUCAAACUGCUGGCACUGAUGGCUCUGCUGGCCGUGGCCACACAUGUACCAACCUCCAACGCAAAGCCCAUCAGUCUGGUAGAGCGGUGCUAUUGUCGUUCUACCCUCAACACGGUUCCUCAGCGCUCCAUCAAAGAGCUCAAGUUCCUCCACACACCCAACUGCCCCUUCCAAGUCAUUGCCAAGCUAAAGAACAACAGGGAGGUUUGCAUCAACCCGGAGACCAAGUGGCUGCAGCAGUACUUAAAGAACGCAAUUAACAAGGUGAAGAAAUCUAGAAGACGCAAUAACAAGAAAAUCUAAACAAAAAGGGAAGACAUGUACGUCGUCAGGCCUGGCAUCCUUGGCACGGGUCGAACCUGUAUACCUCCCUGUCACUGCUAUGGAUGUAUGUAAACAAGCUGUAUGUACCUGUCCACCAGUCUGGACCGCUUGCAGAACCAGCACUUCACCACCAAACCGUGCCGUCCCCAGCACCGCCACCAAACCCUCUGUACACCCACGCAGUCACCUCCAACUCUCCAUGUUAGCACCAGGUGCAAUUAUACCUUGAAAUGGUGGAACACAUGCUAAUGUCAGAUACAUGUGUGUAAGUUAUGGGCAUAAGUGUGUGUGUGUGUGUGUGUGUGUGUGUGUGUGUGUGUGUGUGUGUGUGUGUGUGUGUGUGUGUGUGUGUGUGUGUGUGAAUGCAUGAGCUAACUCUGUGUGCCUAUAGUCUUUCCUACUUCACACAGUCUGAGAGGAACAAUUUGAGCUUUGUGUUUCACACAAAGCUUUGUGCCACCUUCAUGUCAUGUCAAUGUCAAAAAUAUUCACAUCAUUCUCCUGUAAGGAAAUUAGGAUUGGGAUUUUGUUGGCUGGUCAUGUCUUAUAUAUUAAUUGUGGUUUUGCAAACUGAAGAGGUGUGAAUCAAGUCAUUUAUUAUCACAGUAAAAUCUCCGUGUAUACUAUUUUUAAAAGGAGUGACUACUCUUAUAUCCAUGUACUACUACUAGAAUGUAUUUGGGAUGGAGAUGUUACGGACUUAAAUGUAAACAUUUAGCUCUGGUAAGAAGUUAAAGUGGCAUUACUCCAUGACUGAGGGGUCAUGGGGCAGUAACAGCAUGGCCAAUGGUGUUAACCCUUCACAAGCAGUGACCAAUCAGGGCAGGCCAUGCUACAGCAGUAUCUUGAAUUGUCUUUAAGUCGCUCCACCAGCAGGAACAAACAGAUGGAAGCUCACACACACUGCUAAGAAACCAGCACUGAUUUUGUGGUGCUACAUAUUUAGUAUAAGUGGUCAGAGCCAUUGACAUAAUUAUACUUCACUGUUUAUUUUAUGCGAGAUUUAAGAAGGGAUGUUGUGACCUCUAUGUCUUAUAUGAAACACAAUUAUGUUUUUUUUUUACCAGUCACAAAAUAUUUAAAGCCUGUUGUUAAUCUGAUAUGAAAAAUGAAAAUAGAAAGCUGAUUUUAUACUAAGGCCUUGAUAUAUACAGUACUAUAAAGAAAUGAAACACUUACCGUAUCAAUGCACAUUGUUGAUUUAACAUAUCAGUAAACAGAGACCAAAUAUUAAAACAGUAAAACAUGCUACAUGAAGAAACCUUGUUAACACUUUACUUGAAGUUUUCUACAUAAGAGUGUCAUGACACAGUCAUGACACAUGAACCCUAACCCUAACC